AAUUUCUUUCAGCUACAAAUUGUGUUACUUUUUAUCCAAAAAAAACUGAUGUCCAGGCUUCACACAUAACUCCUGCUUUUCCUUACAGAAUAGUCUGUAAGGACAAUUUAAUUUCUCUAGAAGUCUGCAGGACAGAAAAUCAGGAUAAUGUAAAUGUUGAACAAUCUGAACUAUGGCUCAAAACAUCAGUUUUUCCAAAAGUUGUUAACUGGUCCCAAAACCUGCCAGAUAAUGCUAUUCUUCCCUCUUUGACAUUAGUAUCUGCAAAGAAAUUUAACUCAUAUUAUCAAUUUUUGAAACGGAAAUAUGGAAAAAAGUACAUUGAGAUGUGGCCAGAAUGUUCAGAUCCUUUGAAAUAUGUAUAUGAAGAUCUAUCUAUUGCUGCUUAUUUAAUGACUACUUGGGAACAAGAAAGGGAAAGGCUAAAUUUAAGCAAAAAGCAAACUUUUGUUGACUUAGGCUGUGGGAAUGGCCUUCUGGUUUCUAUUCUGUCAUCAGAAGGGUACAAAGGAAUAGGUAUUGAUGUUCGAAAAAGAAAAAUCUGGGAUUUAUAUGGGUCAUCAACUGUUUUAAUUGAAAAAGCUGUUGAACCAUCUGACCAACUGCUGUUUCCUGAGUAUGACUGGAUCAUAGGAAAUCAUUCAGAUGAGCUGACUCCUUGGAUUCCUGUUAUAGCAGCCAGAUCUAGUUACAAUAUGAGAGUUUUCCUGUUACCAUGCUGCUGUUACACUUUUAAUGGAAAGUAUGAAAGACAUUUUCCUGGAAACACACAGUACCAGUCUUACUUGAAGUUUUUACAGGAACUUUGCAAAACAAUGGGAUUUGAUGUACAACAAGAUAAACUGCGUAUUCCAUCUACAAAAAGGAUCAAGAUUACAACUCUUUUCUGGGAGAAAAAUGCAUAUUGUAAUUGCCAGAGUUGUAAUGCAUUUCAUAAACAGACAUGUAUUGUGUGUCAGUCGCGAACUUACGAGAAAUGUGAUGAAGCAGAAAUAGAUGCAUUACGUUCUGAAUUUAUCCAGUAUCAUUCAAAAAGGUACACCUGCUCUUCAGUGUGUCUUCAAGCAGGAAAUAGCCAUAUACAAGCAGAGAACAAAGUUGCAAUGUCCAAAAGUAACCAUUGGGUUCGUGAUUUUAUACCGAGGGAAAAAAUUGAAAAUGUAAGAAAUUGCACCAACUUGGAUAAAAAAUUUUUGGAAGAAACAGUUAUUGCUGUUGCUGAAAUCUUGCUCAAAACAGAAAACUAUGUCCACAUCCAGCGUGAUACAAAUAUCAUUUCUUGGAAUUCUGGUGGACAAAUUAGCAUUAAAGAUUUGGCUAUAUCUUUGGAUUCUAAGAUACUGAAGGGAAUGAAAAGCCAAUGCGGUGGUCUACAAACAUUUUUACGCAACCAUAAGAAUGUUUUCCAAGUUAGGAAUGGUAAAAUUCAACUGCAGAUACCAAAGAAAGAUUUUCUACUAUGUGAUGAAUCUUUGAGUAAGAAACAUAAAGGUUCUAAAGAUAAGAAAAAUUUUCAUGCAAGAAAGUGCUAUUUUCAUCAUCAUCAUCCUCAAGGCUGUCCUCUUCUUGCAAAUGAAUGUAAUUUCUUGCAUUAAGAAAUGAAUCAUUUUAUUUGCUAUAGAAUUUCAUUAUUAAAUAAGGAAAAGUAUUGAA